AACGUAUAUCACAUUAUUUGCCGGCUCGUAUCAUACUCUGCAUUAAGUUCUGAGCGCUGAACAUUAUUUAAUAUUGUUUAUGCUUGUUCCUGACUACAUUUUUUUUCAAUACCUGUGCUGUAAAGGUUUUUCUAAGUUUGAUUUGUUAAACCAUCUAUAAUCAUUACUAAAAUGGAAGAAGGACAACGUCGCAUGGAGAGUGCUGUAAAUGAUGUUUUAAAUGAUAUAGAUAGAAAAUGUUUGAGGACUUUGCAAAUUAAGAUGCAUCAAUGUGCUAUUGAAUGUUGUAGAGACUCUUCAAAUAACAUGAGAUCAUUGGAAGUAUGUAAUGAAAAUUGCUCAAAGGAAGUAAUAGCUGCUCAGAAAUAUAUUCAAAAUGAAUUUUCCACUUGGCAGAAUAGAAUACAACGUUGUAUACAAGAUUGUGGUGAUGUUGUUAUGGACAAAAUGCCCAGUGACAGAAAUCGUAGUGAAAAUGAGAUGAAUAAAUACAUAAAAGAAGCAGAAGGAUGUGCAUCACAGUGUUUUACCAAAUACAUUAAAAUAUUACCACAAUUGACCAACAAAAUUGUUGAUAACUUGUCCAAUACAAAAUAAUUUUGUAAUUGUUACAAUAAGACCAAUUGCAUUUUCAAGAUUACACAUUCAAGGCAAUAUAUGUAGAUCAUCAAUCAUAUUAUUUUUAAUUUUAAUGUGUAUCAGUCUUAAAAGUUAUAACAUAUUGGUGUAAUGUAACUUAAAGUUAUUCAAACAUUUCAAUUAAUUGUGUUUUUGUAGUUUGACAUAUUAUGAAUGUUAAUAUAGUGUAAUAAUAAAUGAAUUAAAAAUGAAUAA